UUUACUCGACUUUGAUGCUUAACAUAGCACAGCAAACUACAUAUGGCAGAAGGCUUUGCAAUCGUAACUGCGGUUUCCGACCCUCUCUUUUCCGUCACGAAACGCAUCAUCUUAUUUCCCCUAAGUAACAGCUCAUCAUUCCCUGACUCCCCUUCCUAUUAUAGCCGUUGCCUACCUCCGAAUAGCUCCAAUUAAACCCUCAAAAUCCAUUCGUUCCAUAUUUUCCCAGAAAAACUCUCCUUCUAUACCAUGCAAAUUCUCGUCUCUGUUUUUUUAGCGCUGUUCUUACCAUGCGCAGGCAUGAGUUCUGCUUUCCUUGUUUACAUUUGUUUAAUCCGGUCUGCUACGAAUUACAAUCAGAGUGAUUCCGGAGGGGAGGUGAAGCCGGUGAAGAAAAAAGGGUUGUCGGCGGCCGAGCUGGAGAAGCUGCCUAAGGUCACCCGGAAGGAAUUGGUGACAGGGACAGAGUGCGCGGUGUGUCUCGAUGAGAUUGAAGAGGAUCAGCCGGCGAGAUUGAUCCCUGGAUGCAACCAUGGGUUCCAUCUGCCAUGUGCUGAUACUUGGCUUUCUAAUCACUCUGUUUGCCCUGUUUGCAGAGCCAAGCUCGAGCCCCCGUUCUUUAAUGGUUCCGAAAACCCCAUCUGAAGAAGGAAGAAGACUAUAAAAACCAUGGACGAAAUUGAAGAAGACUAUAAGUUCAGGUGAAGGGGUCGAAGCUUAGUUUGUACAAAAAUAAGUCUUUUUUAAUUUUUCGAAUGUUUCUUUCAAUCCUCAUAAGUACGAUUUUUAAAACCUUAAAGAACUCUAUUUUUAGUUUUUUACGAACAUGUCACUCCCUUUCAGUCCUAAUUUUGUUGUUACACUUUUAAGAAAUUUGGAAUUUACAA